GCCCACUGGGCUCAUACUUUCCACGGCGCGGCAUGAAGGCAACGUGGCCCCCCGUCUCGAAAAACACUCCGCGUCCACCGAGACCGAUGGUACAGAUGAACAUUCCGCAAUCCCAAAUCUGCGAAAAGGGUUUGGAUAAGGAUUUCGAUCUCGCACUGGAGCUGUUCUAUCGACCGUACCAUGAAUUCCUUGAUAUCAUGUUUCGGGUGGCAGUGACGGCGAAUUACUUCAAUGAACAGUUGGUUCAUUUAUCGUUACUGACUGGUAUCGAGGCAGUCGUGCUGCAUUUCAACAUUUUUCCUAAGUUUUGGGUCGGCAUCUACAACAAUAAAACUACACACAGGUACUCGGAAAUGCUUAUCAAGAAUCCGUUGCUCAUCGACUAUAUCGAUAACGUGCUGCGCGAUGAAAGGUUAUCGUUAAACGAUCCAAUCAUAGCGAAUUUUAUCGAAAUCUACUAUCCAAAGAUAAAAUCGCGCCUGGUUGUGCCUCGACUACUAGAAUCCAUUUGCCAGCUGCUGCCAGACAAGGGUAAUCUAGAGGAUAUCUGUGGCGAUCUGCAGGCAAUACGCAUUAUCGGACAGCGUACGGGAAUCCCGCGAAGUAUGAAGGAACCAUUGCAACAUUCCCUGCACGCCGUACUGACCAAGUUUAAGGACGAAAUCUACAGCGACGAGGAAACACCACCGAAGAAACGGAAAGUAACCGUACCACACAUCACGAUUCACCCAGUGGUACGAUCAGAUGGCACCGAAUCAACCGAGACGUCAUCGGAGACAGCGUGCAAUAUGCAGGCAGACGGCGCGAAGGCUGGGGGAAAGGAAUCAAUUUCGCCAUCCGUUGAAAUAACUUUGCAAAGCAAACAGGCUAGUGCCGCCACCGUCUCCAAUACUUCUGGUGCUGAGGAAGUUGCAGAAGCUGGUACAAGUGACUCUGGAAAGGGGACAGAAGAACUGGAGAAAAGUAAAACGUACGAGAUGGCCGUCGAUACGGUGCCAUCGCAAGGCGAUGAAUCAAACACACCUGAAGGCAGAACAGCAGUUCAGCAGCCUCAACAAGGUGCUUCCAAGGACAUAAUUGGCCCUCCGGUCCCAUCCGUCCCUUCGGCCGCUUUAGCGGAUCAACUGCAGAAACAACAGAAGCAUUAUCUGCGGAACUUAGUCAAGGACAUCGAGAGUCACAUUGAGUUGAUUUUCGAGUGCUUAGACGAUGAAGAAGAAGAUGACGGUGGUACGAAGAAGGUGACGACUGACAACCUCAAUGCCAAGAAUGCCAAGGAUGGGUCCUCUUGUUCUGAAGAGAAAAGCAACUCAACGGGGCCUACUCCAGGUAAAAGCCCGACUUUACCAGCUGACAGCAAGGGGUUCGUUUCGUCGUCCAUCAAAGAAAUCACACCAAAAGACGAACAACAACGUGUCGCUGUUACUGAUUCCGGUGACGAUGACAAUGGAGAGAUGCCAAGUCCUCGCAAGAUGAAGAAAUUGUUGCCAGUAGACGUUCUUCAACCGACUAUUGGUGGAAGUGAGAAUGCGGAUGCCAUCGACACCGGAUCGGCAGCGGAUACUCUCGAGCCAUGCCGCGGCAUGUUUGCGUUACACGCCAAACAGCCAAUCAUCACUGAACCGUCGCCCACGCUAGAUGGCAAAUAGACGCCGUAUUCGUGAAAAGAAGAAGGGAGGGAGAGAAAGAGAGCAAGGAUUCUGAGUAUCGCUGAAUCGAUUAUGUAAAAUAGCUGUCGUAUCCAAGGCAGCAGCAGAAUGCCCCUGGAUUUGGUUAAUUAAUUCUGCUCAAUUGAACAUGGCGAUUACUUCUAACUUCUCAUUUUCGAUCUAAAUUGUUAGCUACGAAUUUCCGCAUUUCGCGUUGUUACUUAGCAUUCGCUGUCGUUUCCAUUUGUACUGUGGUAAUAUGUUUCAUUCAUUUUUCUGUUCCCAUAUUUUGUUCUCCAUGCUGCUGGCUAAACACCAUGGAUCUGUUUUUUGUGUUUCUGAUCUCGGGGAAGGCUAGGAAAUGGGGGAAUGCCAGUGUACGUACCGUUCCCUUUUCAUUGUACACUCUCUUAAGUCCGCAACCUGAUGGAAGAAAUGAACAUCUAUGGCCUAUUAUGUGAACCAGUCGUCCCGAAGUGAUACGAAUACGAAUGCUGAAUUAAGCGUAACCAACACAGGCAGGCUACUGUAGGCAAGCUGUGCGUAUACAGCGCGAUACAUGAAAUGUUUCGGCUGACACACCGGCACUUAACUAAGAAAGCAGUGAGCAAAUUACAUUAAUGCAGCAGCGGCAGAAGUAAAAUCAAAUGGUGACGAAUGUUUAAUUCCCAUUAUGCAUCAUUUCUUCGGUUAUGCAUAGUGGCUCGAUGUGCAGCCGAUGCAAGCUCCGACCAGGAGGAGGAAAUGAUUGUCACCCGUUGAUUGUGAAACGCGAUUAAUGUUGAGACUAGACAUGUAAGAAGAAAGGCUUGUUAGAAGGACAAACUCAUGAACAAACAUCGAACGAUGGUGGAAGCUGAGCAUUCGUUCUUUCUUUUUUUUUUAAUUUCAACGUAAAAUUAGUUUUCUCUACAAUUAUGGUGCGUUAUGAUUAUGCUGCUGAUAUGGUGCGACAUCGGUCGGGACGUUUAGAAUUAUCAUUUCAUAUUGCGUUCAUUUUCCUUUUUUUAAAUCUGGCCGCCUCUUUCGCCAUCAUUAAGGGCACGUUCUUUUUCUCCUGUUUGCUUGGUUGGAUUUCGGAGCGCUAUAGUGUUGCGAUAAUAUUGCAAUCGCACAAGGCAAAACCAGCAGAAGAAAAAGCGAGAAAGAAGUAUAAAAGGGAAUGCAGAGAUAUAUCAUAUUUAUUACACUAGCUAGUCUAAAAAUUUCCUUAUUGUUCUGAGUAUGCCUAUGCGGAACUUAUUUUGAAUUAUAAAAUAAAUGACCCUACACUGAAA